GUGCUUUCGGCGCGAUACGCUGAAUGGAGGUAAACGAGACAGCAGUCAAAGCGUUUACUGGAGAGUUCAUCACAUCUCAUCCAACACUACAGACGAACAUGUUCAGCAGAGAUGCGGCACCAUUGUGUCAUGCCGUACAGCCUUAUGACCAUCAUUCGAAUGCCAUGUUCGCAGACUUCUCCAUGACGAGUGCACAUGCCGAUUAUCAUGCGCUCCUUGACCAUGAACUCGACAACCUCUUUCAACAUCCCGUAGAAUACACGAUGGGACGCGCUGAUCUCACUUUCGAGAAUGAUACAACGAAUCUUCAAUACAAUCCACUACAAGUCCUCUCGCCUGAGUCCUCCUCGAGUUCGCACGCUGCGUUUGAGCAGGUGGACCGACGUGAUCAUUAUGAUCAACCUACUCCCGGCCAACAAAGUGCCAGCGGCUCUCUCAGGCGUGUGCAGAAUGGCAGUCAGAAGAGAGCCCGAAGACUCAAAGCAUCUGUUACCGUGUCAAAACCCCGUGCACCCAAAGUCAAAUUUACAGCUGAGGAAGACGCGAAGCUCAUUGAGCUGAAAGAGAUGCACAGCCUGACAUGGAACCAAAUCGCCGAGUUCUUUCCCGUUCGAACCUCAGGAACGUUGCAAGUGCGAUACUGUACGAAAUUGAGAGCGAAAUCAACACCAUGGAGCGAUGAAAAUAUCCGAAAGCUCCGAAACGCCAUCGAGGAAUAUGAAGCUGAUCGCUGGCGAUUCAUCGCUACGCAAGUUGGAUACGGCAAGUCUGCCGUGGCUUGCAAAGAGAUAGCUGUUCAACUUGGAAUUGCAGCGGCAUCAGACACGUCCGUUACCGCUGAGCAUGUCUCUGCGGCAUCUGCGCUGCGGCCAGAGGGCACUUGAAACGACCUCGAGCGAUGUUUAAAGCGCUACGUCGCUGUCCUCGUAGGUCAGUGAGACAGCAUAGCGCAACAAGAAGAAUCUUAUCUGGCGCUUUUCGCGUGAAGUGGCGGCGGCGCCACCAGCAAUGAAGCUUCACUCAUGCUCUCCCACAACAGUCUCAUCAGCAAAUAGACCAGCGAUUUCUACAUCAGUGCUGAUGGCGUUGUCCGGACAUGCGACCCAUACAGACAUAUCGUCAGCUCAUGGCUGAGACUUGCAUAUAUGAUGUAUGCACGUACCCCGCUCAAGAGAAU